CAUUCACAAUAGCAAAAAAUUCUUAUUAAAAAAGUGCUGCCAAAUUUUUAUUUUUGAAAUGUCAUAUACGAUGACAUAUGUUUGUCAAAAUUUGACGUUCGAUUUUUUGUUUUUUGGAGCAAGUUACAUAAAAAGCAGGAAUCAUGCUGCGCUCCGCUGCUUCAGCUCUCGUAAACAAAACCCCUAAGCUGUUGGCUACGGGCAUGCCAACCAGCCUUACAACCGGUUCUUUUGCUCCAGCCCUCAACACCUUGAUGGUGCGUCGUGAACAACAGACCAUGCCGGUGGUUAAUCCAAACGAAAAAGUAACCAGAAAACCUUACAGUCCUUUCGGUACCAAACAAUCUAGCAUGGCCGAAUGGACAUUGGCUCGUUUGGAUGAUUUGUUGAAUUGGGGUCGCAAAGGUUCCAUCUGGCCAUUGACUUUCGGUUUGGCCUGUUGUGCCGUCGAAAUGAUGCACAUCGCUGCUCCACGUUACGAUAUGGAUCGUUAUGGUGUCGUCUUCCGUGCUUCACCACGUCAAGCUGAUGUCAUUAUUGUGGCUGGUACCUUGACCAACAAGAUGGCCCCCGCUUUGCGUAAAGUUUACGAUCAAAUGCCCGAACCCCGUUGGGUUAUCUCUAUGGGCAGUUGUGCCAACGGCGGUGGCUACUACCAUUACUCCUACUCUGUGGUGCGUGGUUGCGAUCGUAUUAUUCCCGUAGAUAUCUAUGUGCCCGGCUGUCCUCCCACAGCUGAAGCUUUGAUGUAUGGUGUUUUACAAUUGCAAAAGAAGGUCAAGCGCAUGAGAACAUUGCAAAUGUGGUACAGAAAGUAAUAGCCUUCCCGACAUGGUUCAAGGAAUAUUUAAUUCUAGUUAAAAUAUGAAUAUAUAGUGUAAUGUAAAUGAAGGCAAACACACCAACUGUGAAUUUUGUUUAUAAAAUAAAACGUUUUUUCUUUUUUGUGAAAUGAAAAAUCGAUACGAAAUAAACCUCUCUUAAAUAUAAAUGUAAAA